GUGGGGAACUUUCCGCAGGGAACUGAGCGAGAGGUGGUUGGUCUGUGCUCCGGACAGGGCAGUGCAGACAGAGAGGCGGUCCGUUGGAGGGAAGUGUAGGCUGUGGCGUUGUCAGUUAGGCCUGGAUGGUGGCCUGGAGAGAGGAGGUGAGAGAAGGGGAGGCAUGCGGGAUGACGCCCAGGACUCUCCUGAGUGGGGUCCCCGGGGACAGAGGAAGUGGGGUGGAGUUGGAGAUUGAGGAGGACGGCUUUACCUUUGAGAUGUGCUCAGUCUGGUCAGUGGGAGUCCAAGUGGAAGUGGCCCUUCUUCAGCUGGACCUGCAGGCCUGAGCUCAGGGAUGGGUUAGGCCAUCAGUCAUGGUAGGAAAGGGAGUCAGUGUAGUUAGGGGUGGAUGGGGAGAGCGGUUGGCCUCAGGGAGCCCCGAGGGAUGUCCGCACAGAGGGAAGGGCAGAGGAGAGGCUGGCGGGAUGUGAUCAGGGAGGAGGCUGCCCCAGCAAACAAGGGAAGCAUGUGAGCAGGAGGGAGCCUUCAGGGGGCCAGUGAGGUGGCGCCCAAACUGUGCCCUGGGAAACAGUAGCCUUUGUGUUCCUGGUGAGAGUGGUGCAGUGGUCUAGUGGGGAAGAAGCCCCACCGGUUUGGUUCAGGAGUGAGUAGGAUGGGGGGAGAAGUGAGAAACAAAGUAUUAGCAAUGCCUAUGUAGUUUACUUAUUGUGAAAUAAAAAAAGGUUUGUGAAGUACAUGUUAAGAGAUUUUGCGUAAAAAGUUCCUUGACCAACCAUGCCAUCACCAAGGUCAUAAAAGAAAGACUUAAGACACAGGCAAUGGCAAACAAGUGGACAUCAGGGCAGCUCAUUGCUGCAAAAAUAACAUUCUGGGAAAAUAUCAUCAACACUGAUAUUGUGAACUUUGAGUGGAGGGAAAUCUUAAUUUUCUUCUGUUUUUGAGUUUUUGCAGUGACCAUCGUUUUAUAAUUUAGAAUUUUAGAAAUGAAACAUAGCUAAUUGAAGAGUGUUACGGAGCUUUGCUUUUUCACUUAAAUCUCCUGGGUGGGGCGAGGGGUACUGGAACUCAUUUAAAUGUGGAGGAGAAGGAGGGAAAUGUGAAGUUAUGUGAAAGAGGAGAACAAUUGAUGGAGCUCGACUCAGAGGAAGGAGGCAGGAAGUGGGAUCCGGCUUCUGUGAGGGAUUACCUUUGACCCUGUGAAAGAAGGCAGAGAUGGUUACAGAUGCAAAGAGGUUUACAGGAGGGGUCUCAGGGAACAGGAUGAGACAGGUUAUCUGCUGUGAUGAAGGAAGAGAGGACAUGAGGUCAGAAGUUAGGAGAGGAGCAGAGUUACAGGUUCAGAAACUAGAUGUAGACAGAGAUGUGCCUGUGGGUUAACAGGAAGUAGCCUGGUGCUAGGUAGGGCUGCCUGCUAACUUACGCCACAGAGGAAGAGGGUCUUUGUCAAGGAUGACUGAGUGGUAAUGGUUCAGAAACAGGAGGACACCAACCGUACCUCUUGAUGGUGAGGCCCGUGGGACAGGGCUGGCCACGUGACUGACAAUGCCCUCAGGAGAGCUGCGUUUCCAUUGAGACAGUGGGUGGACAUCAGUGCCGGUGUCACCACCCAGGGUUCUUGGCCUCUUUAAUCAAUAGAAAUUGAAAAGAGGCCAGACAAGAAAUUCAGGCCAGACUUUAUUGGGGUCCCUGCUACACCAAAAGGGCAUGAAGACAGGUAAUGGUUUUCCUUGCUCACUCCCCAAGGGGGUUGGUGGUCUGGGUCCAUAUAUGUGGUAAGGGUAGAAGCGGGUCCAGACGCUGGGAUUGAGGGGUGCUUUGCCCACCGUUUUGGUGGUGGUGUGUGCAGGGUCCAUGUGCAGCACCCUGCUUUUGCUCCCCAACACCUGCUUUUGCUCUCCACUCUUCAGAAGUAGCAGUUGACUUCUUUGGGUCUUUUUCCUAUCUUGUCCAUAAUUUACCCCAGCUUCACAUGCAUGGACUUAUUUUUAGUCCUUUAUAGUUUCUUUGUAUUUUGUUGCUUAAGGAGACAUUUGUUCAAGUUUAAGCAGUGUGGCAAAGGAUCCCAGGUUCCAGCCUGUCUCAUUCCCUUUGAGGAAUUCUACACCCCUUACUCUUAAGGGGUAAGAGGCCUAAGGUCUCUUCUUCUGGAAUUUCUUCCUGCUGGACAGGGGCUGCAGCCCCUAGCCUACCCUAGAGGUUAGAAGUCCCUCUCUGACUGCUCCAAAGACCUGUAGAGACCUGGGCCACCCUCUGCUGGAAGGGGUUGAGUUCUUGUGCUAUCAUGAGUCUUACUUGAAACUGUUGGAGCUUAGAAGACACAAACUUGUCCAGAAGGUAACAAACAAGGGCCAAAAAGAGAAUAGUAGUAGCCUCUCAAGGGCCUAGGAAGGGAAGGAACCAGGUUAACCGUGGGAGGUCUAACUUAACUUUUGACCAGAGAGUGAAGGCGAUAUUGCCACCACUAAAACUGUGAAGCCAGUUGGCCUGGAUGCAUAUUUCUUUAAUGUUAACUUAAACCCAUGUGAUUGGAUUGGUUAGUUUUCUGUGAUUGUGGCUUUCAAUCUGUCUGCCCUCUGAUAGAGAAGGAUAAGAGGCUUCACAAGGAAGCUUCCUAAUGGGAGAGACUGACUGAGGGGGAAACUGGGUCUUGUUCUGAUGGGCGGGGCCAUGUUCAAUAAAUCUUUAAUCCAGUUUUCUGUUGCUAGAUGGAGCUGUGUUCCCUCCCUGCUGUUUACCUGGGCUGAACUAUGGUGGAGGUAAUAAAGAUAAUCUUCAAAAGAACCCCAUGCAUGUAUUGCUGCACACAGUGUCCCCAACCCUGCAGCAGGCCAACACCAACCCACACCUCCACUGGAGACUCCUGGACAGUCACAGGCAACUCUGGUGUGAACCCCUGGAUCUGCUGCGUGGCUGAGUGAGCGCGCGGCCCCCGGCUGACACGUGAUGCUGCACCGGCUGCUGGCGGUGGUCCGAGGACCGGGGAGCCGCCGAGGAUGGCGGAAGGGCUCCCCGGCCAGAGGCAGCGCGUCAGCGGCCGCGGCGCCCCCCGUGGCCCUGCCCGCCCAGGCGCAGGUGGUCGUCUGCGGCGGUGGAAUCAUGGGCACGUCCGUGGCCUAUCACCUCUCCAAGAUGGGGUGGAAGGAUGUCGUCCUUCUGGAGCAGGGCAGGCUGGCUGCUGGCUCUACGAGGUUCUGUGCUGGCAUCCUAAGCACUGCCAGGCACUUGGCCAUCGAGCAAAAGAUGGCAGAUUAUUCAAACAAACUCUACCAUCAGUUAGAGCAAGAAACGGGGAUCCAAACAGGUUAUACUAGGACAGGCUCCAUCUUUCUGGCCCAAACUCAGGACCGGCUCAUCUCCCUGAAGCGCAUCAGCUCGAGGCUGAAUGUCAUAGGCAUCCCCUGCGAGAUCGUCUCCCCCAGGAGAGUGGCCGAGCUGCACCCUCUGCUCAACGUGCACGACCUGGUGGGCGCCAUGCACGUCCCCGAGGACGCGGUGGUGUCCUCCGCCGACGUGGCACUCGCCCUGGCCAGUGCCGCCUCCCAGAACGGUGUUCAGAUCUAUGACCGGACAAGUAUUCUUCAUGUUAUGGUCAAAAGAGGUCAAGUCACCGGUGUGGAGACGGAUAAAGGACAGAUCCAGUGCCAGUAUUUUGUCAACUGUGCUGGUCAGUGGGCAUACGAGCUGGGUCUGUGCAGCGAGGAGCCGGUCAGCAUCCCGUUGCAUGCCUGCGAACACUUCUACCUCCUGACUCGCCCCUGGGAGACCCCUCUGCCGAGCAGCACACCAACUGUUGUAGACGCUGAUGGAAGAAUUUAUAUUCGGAACUGGCAGGGGGGCAUCCUGUCGGGGGGCUUUGAGAAAAACCCAAAGCCAAUUUUCACGGAGGGCAAGAACCAGCUGGAGAUUCAGAAUCUGCAGGAAGACUGGGAUCAUUUUGAGCCCCUGCUGAGUUCCCUGCUGCGUCGGAUGCCACAGCUGGAGACUCUGGAGAUCGUGAAGUUGGUGAACUGCCCCGAGACCUUCACCCCAGACAUGAGGUGCAUCAUGGGCGAGUCUCCCUCGGUGCGGGGCUACUUCGUCCUGGUGGGCAUGAACUCUGCAGGCCUUUCGUUUGGUGGAGGAGCUGGAAAGUACCUCGCCGAGUGGAUGGUGCAUGGCUACCCCUCAGAAAACGUCUGGGAACUGGACCUGAAGCGGUUUGGAGCCCUCCAGAGCAGCCGAACCUUCCUGCGCCACCGUGUCAUGGAGGUCAUGCCUCUGCUCUACGACCUGAAGGUUCCCCGUUGGGACUUCCAGACUGGAAGGCAGUUACGCACCUCUCCUCUCUAUGACCGGCUGGACGCGCAGGGAGCCAGGUGGAUGGAGAAACAUGGAUUCGAGAGGCCAAAGUACUUCGUGCCACCAGACAAGGACCUUCUGGCCUUGGAGCAGAGCAAGACUUUCUACAAGCCAGACUGGUUUGAGAUUGUGGAGUCCGAAGUCAAGUGCUGUAAGGAAGCUGUGUGUGUCAUUGACAUGUCCUCUUUCACAAAGUUUGAAAUAACAUCCACCGGGGAUCAGGCAUUAGAAAUUCUCCAGUACCUCUUCUCCAACGACCUUGAUGUGCCCGUGGGCCACAUCGUGCAUACCGGCAUGCUCAACGAGCGUGGCGGAUACGAAAACGACUGCAGCAUAGCCCGGCUGAGCAAGCGCAGUUUCUUCAUGAUUUCUCCAACCGACCAGCAGGUCCAUUGUUGGGCUUGGCUUAAGAAGUACAUGCCAGAAGACAGCAACCUGAUUCUGGAGGACGUCACCUGGAAAUAUACCGCCCUCAACCUGAUUGGUCCUCGCGCUGUGGAUGUGCUGUCUGAGUUGUCCUAUGCCCCCAUGACUCCAGACCACUUCCCAAGUCUGUUUUGCAAGGAGAUGAGCGUGGGCUACGCCAACGGGAUCCGGGUGAUGAGCAUGACGCACACGGGCGAGCCAGGGUUCAUGCUCUACAUCCCCAUAGAGUAUGCCCUGCACGUAUACAACGAAGUGAUGAGCGUGGGGCAGAAAUACGGAAUCCGGAAUGCUGGGUAUUAUGCUCUUCGUAGUCUCCGAAUUGAGAAGUUUUUUGCCUUCUGGGGUCAGGACUUAAACACCCUCACCACACCCCUGGAAUGUGGAGGAGAGUCUCGGGUGAAGUUAGACAAGGGCGUGGAUUUCAUCGGGCGCGACGCGCUGCUACAGCAGAGGCAGAACGGCGUGUACAAGCGCCUCACCAUGUUCAUCCUGGACGACCACGACACAGACCUGGACCUCUGGCCGUGGUGGGGGGAGCCCAUUUACCGGAACGGGCAGUACGUGGGCAAGACCACCAGCAGCGCCUACGGCUACACCCUGGAGCGCCACGUGUGUCUGGGCUUCGUGCACAACUUCUCCGAGGACACGGGGGAGGAGCAGGUGGUGACAGCGGAUUUCAUCAACCGGGGGGAAUAUGAGAUCGACAUUGCGGGACACCGGUUCCAGGCCAAGGCCAAGCUCUACCCGGUCCCCUCCCUCCUCGCCCAUAAGCGCCGGAAGGAGGAAGUGGAGCUAAGUGACUUGCACGGGAAGUGAGGCCGGGCGGCCUCAUCGUCUCCGGGCUUUGCUCCUCCCCCUGACCCCUCCCUCUUCCUGAGUUAAGCGUGGCCUCCCAGCUCUUCGCUCCUGGUGGACUCUCCGCUUUUCACUCUCCCUUUGCUCCCUCCUCUCUCCCUCCAUCUCCUCCGCCCCUGCGUCUCCCAUCUCCUGGGCUGGUCGCGGCCACUCCGCCUCUCAGGUCCCCAGGGGCAGAGGGCAGGCGCAGACUCCCUGUGAGGCAGGUUGUGCUGACAGCCUGACUGCACGUGCGGUGUCUUGAAGCAAGGCAGGCUGCAGGCUAAGUGUCCAUCUCUGUGGGGCGCUUUCCGUGGAAGAGCUUGUGAGUUCUGGGCCGCCGUCUGUGGAGCGGCUUACGCCUCUCAGCAGGCAGGGCCUCCUCCCGCUCCCGUGUGCUCCGGGUUGGCCCCCUGAGCCCUCUGUCGGGAGGAUGACCACCUGCCUCGCUGAUGAGAGAGGCAUCGUGGGGACGAUACCUGGGGGUUGGCAGAGGUGAACAGUUCACCCUCCUGGGCCUCCCCACUGACUCGGUUAUCAGACUGUUGGGCAAGUCUCUUCAUCUUGUAAGCUUCUUCAUCUCUUGCUAACCUCUACAGUGAGGGGGGUUUUGGUUGGUUGGUUUGGCUGAAUAGACAAGUAAGCCACACUGUUUGAAGAGAAAGGCCAGUUUGCCUUCUGGGUUGCUUUUCCCACCUGACAGAGUCUGACCUCAAAGUACAGCUCAGCGAUGCUGAGUCUUCUAGAAACAGGGCUGCUUUUCUUCCAGCUGCUCACAGUUCCGCCAUCCCACCUUGACGCUCCUCUUCUCCAAGCACACGUGACUUUCAGGUCAGCCUCCUGUACCCCUGCCACGGGAGCCACUGGCUCAGCGGACCUUAUCCCCCUUUAGAGCAGGGCAGGGGAGGCAGGCUGGCACCCUGGUUGAGGGAGUGAGCCUGGGGCCAUACUGAGUGGGCGGGGGCCCCUGGGACCCCAGGUCUGGCUUCCCCCACAGAGGAGAGACAGAGCCACCCGGAGGUGCCCUGUCUGAUCCCAGUGUGGGGAGUACAUUACCUGAGCCCGAGGUCUGCUUCCAUCUUCUCUUUCCAGCCACCUCUCCACAUCUUCUGGAAUAGAAAGUGACUGGGGUGAGAGGGCCCUGCACGCUUUAAGCAUUGCCUGUGUUUGCUAAAGAUCUCCUGGACUGUGAUAUCCAUCCCCACACGUCAUUUCCCGUUGCAGACAAAUUGCUGCUAGAGACUUGAACUGUAGCCUUUGGUGUCUUGGCUGCAUUAGUCCUGACAGGUCUGUAAGUAUAUUCAAGAUGAUCCUUUCAUGUUAUUAGAGAAGCUUAAACUUCUCAGAUCUCUGCCUACUCUGGCAUUUCUCUGGGAUCUCUGUUUACCCACUUCAUCACUGACUUCAGUGUCCAUCUUCUUACAAGGUCUUCACUGUUUUAAUGAGGGAGUAUGUGAUUAGAAAUCUGUUGGGGGUUUGGCAUUUUGAUGUAAGUGUAUAUUUAACGAGUUGGGAGAUGCUGCUUCCAGGCAAAGAGGAGGGGUGCUGCCAGCUGGAGAGCACAGAACAGCAGCCUUGGAACUUGAGGGAGCAGGACACGAGCCCUCGCCAAUGCAGGCGUUGCCAGCAGAGAGCUGACCGACCCAGGAAGAUGGAGACUGACGUAGAACUAAAGGUAUCCCUUGCUCAGUGCCACUGCGAAGUUGGCUUUAUAAAUGAAAAAUUGUUUGGGACUGAAUCCAAAAGAAAUUCUAGAUUUAUGUGUACAGUACAAGAUAUUAAGAUUCUAGGGGCAUCACUUAUUUUUUUGAGUGCCCUGAAACUUACAUAUUUACCUUCUGGCACUUUACAUUCAUCCUGGAAGUCUCGUUUGUUUCACUGAAGUAGGCAAUAUGAAUCCGGUAGGUUUCUCUCUUUGGUCCUCAACUGAAGAGAGUGACUCCUUCCUGCCUCAGGCAUAGUUGACAAUCAAAACAUCCUCACUUCUGUAUCACUUCCUUGACUUGGGCACUCGGCCUGUGACAACUCAUCUCUUUCUUCUGGAGACUCGAGGGUUUGUUGAAGGGGUGGCUGGACUCUGUUUUAGAUGGAUGAACUUUCUUCCCUGAAAUGAUUUGUCUUGCGAGAAGGGGUCCACAAUCUUCUCAGCAUAUUCAGUUGAAUCCUUUUGAACCUAGAAAUACAAAGUGUGUUGGCUUCAAACAGAUGGAAAAUCCAGGUUGCAAGUCUACCAGGGGUCUCCUCCUCCCUCGAGAUAAGCCCCCUAGUUACUUGUACCACGUGUAAGUCCCAUGGUGAUGUGAUUGACAUUGGAGAUUUCUUGUCUGUAAUAAAAGCUCUAAUUGAGAAGGUUUUCACACACACAAAGAGACAAGAAACCUGCCUGCCUGGGUAGCCCGUUUGACGUCCCUUAGCCUGUGUUUUGGUCACACAGCACUGCAUGGGCGGGACAUGCUCCAGGAGACAGAGCCGAACAGUUCCCACCACAUUCAGGUGCUCUUCUGGGGGGGUCCCUGUACCCCCAAAUGCACGCUAUGCCAUGUAGCCCAGCGAUUAACCCCAGUCUCACCUUGGGCCCAGAGUUCCCAUUUCUACUGGGGCAGCACCAAGUCACUUCCACUUGAUUCUCCUCAGGAGGCAUGUGGUCCUUGGACUCUACCUCCUUGUACAGACCAGGAGUUUUAGCUGCAUCUCUUCUUUCCUAGGCUGUUGCUUCCACGAAAGUAACGAAACAUGAAGAAUAACUCUUCAGCUUGCUUAUUUCCCCUACCUUUGCAUGCAUUGGAGAUGUUAAUCCUGUCCCCCACCACGUGUGUGGCUGGAGUGACAGGUGCUUCUGAAAAGUGAUUUUGCGUCACUGAAGAAAUGACCCCCCCUUGAUUUCAGCCUCUAAAACCACUAUAUCAGCUGGCUUUCAGGCAUUAACUACAAGGUCCUUUUUGUGUCUCUUUGUUGCCUCUUGGCCAGUGUAGUCAGUGAGGAUUGUCUUUAGUAUCCAAUAAGGAGAUCUGGUCAACAGUGUUGAAUACUCAAGUAUAACCUACUAUUUCCUUUUCUUUCUGCACACCUUCCCUCAUCGCUCAGAAACCUUGAUGUGAGCAGCAUUUUCUCAACACCAUACAGAGGAAGUUCCUCCUGAGCGAGGACUCUUCCUCCUGCAGGCAUGUGGCCUCAAGCACAGCUGAGUAGGGGAGAGACGACAGGUGACCAGGCCGGGCAGUGAGUCCUGAGGGGCUAGGGCUCCCCUGUGAGUGCGUGCCCCAUGCCCCUGCCACUCUACCCUCCACAUUACGGUGCUGAGUUAGCUGUAAGGCUCCUUCAUUGUCACUCUGGGGCUGGCGUCUGCAGCCCCUCACCACUACAGAUACACUAUUUUUUAAGAAGACUGAGUAUUUUUGUAUGUCUUUGCCUUCUCUUUGUCCAUUAAACACCAGAGUUGUUCCUUGUAUAAUAUGAUUCUUGACUUCUCUGAGCAAAACCCUUGGAGAAAUGCAUUUCUUCAUGGGUCAUUUUUCUCAUAUUUAGAUACACCUGUUUUUAUCCUUUGCAGACUUCCUCCCUUCUCAUUUUUCUGUCUCUCAAGGACAGAAAUUAUAAGUCAUGGAGGGGAUACUUUUAGCACCUGUUUCAACAGAUUGAUUCCAGGAUUCCCUUUGCACACCAGGAACUGGGGCUUGGGGCCCUCCUCCACCCGGCCAGGUUCUAGUGCCUUACACUCCAGAGCGUCACACGGUGGACGGAAAUGGAAGAAGGACCUUCAGCAGGUGGGUGUGGGGUCGAAAGCUUCUGCAGCUCAUUCCAGUGAAGGGUUUUCCAGCAGCACAGCUAACGCUACUCUCUAGUCAACCCCUGGGAUGUAUGAAAACGCCAUUGUGACUGGUGUAACAGCUACAACUCAUUCUUUGCGUUUGUAAAUGUGCGGUUCAGCUCAGCCCUUUCCCAUCCCUGUCAGCAUGUGGUCCUGCAGCUGUGCAAGGCCCUUUAGUAAACGGAUCUUUCUCCCGCACCCUGGGGAUGACAGGCACCCAGGGCGACCGAGCGUUUCUGCCUCCGUGAAUGCGGCAUUAACUUUGUGCACUCUGUUUCUGUCAAGCCAGAUUUCAAUUAAGGUUUUCUUUUCAUGUUACUAAGUUUGUAAAUGAAUAAACAGACAUUUUCUGUACUCUU